UCAAAUUCUGGUUGAGCGUCUAUUCUCCAGAAACUUCUCAGACAAAUCACAACCUCACACUUCACCCUAUAUAUAUAACGAUCUUCAACCUCCCAACGCUAUUUUUCUUUCCAAAACAAUUAGCGUCGAUUCUCAAUAUUCUCCAUAUUCGCAAAUCUCGAGUUCUCGCUGUUCACCUUCUACAAUGACAUCCUAUUCACGGAGAUCAAGGUAUUCUGCCUCUCCCUCCCCCUCUCCAUCGCCCUCUCCAUACAGGCGAUACGGUAGGUCUUUGUCCAGGUCUCUAUCAAGGUCCAUAUCCAGAAGCCGUUCAAGGAGCACUUCACGAGAUGCAGAAAAUCCGGGAAACAAUCUGUAUGUGACAGGACUGUCUCCCAGGAUUACCAAGAGAGAACUGGAAAAACAUUUUGCUGCUGAGGGAAAAGUUGUAGAUGUCCAUCUGGUUGUUGAUCCAUGGACAAGGGAGUCACGUGGUUUUGGAUUUGUGACAAUGGCGACUUUAGAAGAAGCUGAUCGAUGUGUGAAGUAUCUGAAUCGCUCUGUACUUGAAGGGCGUGUUAUCAUGGUGGAGAAGGCUAGAAGACGACGCGGUCGAACCCCAACACCUGGGAAAUAUCUAGGUCUCAGGACUAUUCGAGGACGACGUCACUCUCCAAGCUACUCUCCUAGUCCUCGUCGUUCUCCUAUCUAUUCUCGUUCUCCUAUCUAUUCUCCCUGUCGUUCACCUUAUUCUUCAGAUCGCAGUCGAAGUCGCUCUUACUCACCCGAAUACAGCCGACGAAGGACCUACUCUCCUGACUACAGGCGAAGGAGGGCAUACUCGCCAUACUAUAGUCGACGCAGGUCAUACUAUCGUUAUGACCGGCACAGGUCUUAUUCCCGGUCUCGCUCUCCUUACAGCAGGUCUCCUGUCAGCAUGCGUGACAGAUCAUACUCUCCCUAUGGCUCCAGAUAUGACUCACCUGAUGAUAGCUACUAUAGAAGGUACCGUUACAGAUCGGUUUCUCGAAGCGUCUCACCCAGGCCAAGGAGGAGCUACUCGCAGAGUGCCUCUCCUGUUCAUAGUGUCUCCCCCAGGCCAAGGAAGAGAUCAGGAAGGAGUCAUUCAAGAAGCUCUAGAAGGAGUGGUUAUUACAAAUCUAAGCAUUCUCGAUCAACUAGCUCAAGUUUGAGUGUUAGUUCCAGAUCGUUUUCAAGGUCCAACACUCCCGGAUCUACCUCUCCUUCAUAUUGAACAAUUAGUCUUUCCUAGAUUAGCUUUAAUAAUAGUCUUAUUAGUAUAGAAGCAUAUAUAGAGUAGUAGUAUGUGGAGUUCUUAGUUCUUUAGUUUUAUUCAAGACUUGUGUUGAGACAUGAGACAUCUAAUGUUAUGUUAUAUACUGUGGGUACUUGAAUUACUUUUCUAUGUACCAAAACGAUCUUUGUUGAUUCUUAAGGUUUGGUUGUGGUUUUUAGAGCA